GCAAUAUGGCGAAAUUGUUUUCCGGACCCUCGUCUUCAUCAUCAUCAUCUCAGUCUUAUCCAUCUCUAGUACGGUCCAACAGGAGACGUAAAAAGUUAGUUGGUCUAUUCAACCCCUCUAACUACUGCUUCGCUAAUGUCUGUGUGCAAGUGUGCUUCCAUAUCGAGCCUUUUAGAAUCUACUUCUUGGCUAAUAUAUUCAAACAACACAUAUCACCCAAAAGAGAUCCAAAUGUCUCCAGCGUUCUUGCUGAAAUGUUUGCCAAACUAGCCGAUGAACGAAACGAGUUAGUUAAUUUGCAGAAAAUGCUGAAAGUAAUGGGCUCUGAUUAUUUCACUAUCGGUUACAUACACCACGACUCAUUUGAGUUCCUCCUAAGCGUGCUGGAUAAGUUAGACGAAGAGUUAAACUGUAUGCCGAACCACCAGUUCAUGUUUUACAUACCGACUGUGAACCCACUAAGGUCGGUAGUAGAAAAAAACUGGAACGCCUUCAGUGAAAGCAAAGGAUCGAUUGUGAAGCAGUUAUUCUAUGGCACGGAGUGCUCAAUUUUCACUUGUAUUAAGUGCCAACAUAACAGUUACUCCUCCGAACCGAGUAUAAUGUUUUCAGUCGCCUUACCGCAAAAAGUGGUCCAAGUUUACUUUUUCCGAAAGGAGCCAUCUUCAACUAUACAGUGUAUUGAGGUUGCUUGUAAAUGCGACGACGGUACUUACAUAACAGUCGAAACUGUAAUCUGCCAGCUCUCGCUGAUGUUCAAAAUACAAAUCCACGACAUAAUGCUUUGCCAUAUUUCGAAAGAUUUUGAGUCGUUGUAUGAGCUAGAUUGGACUGCCAAAAUUGUUCCUCAAUUAAAACUGGUCGCCUUUGAAACGCCGAGCAUGGCCGACCAUUUUUAUGUUGAUUUGAAAGUAGAAAGUAGUUUACUGGCACCGUUGGUAUCAAUUUGUGCGCAUUGCUUUAAUCAGUCAGAUUCUCUGAAAAAGUGUUCCAUUUGUAGAACAGUAGCGUACUGUAAUUCUGCUUGUCAGAAAAACGACUGGCCUCUCCAUAAGGGCAAAUGUCAACACAAACAACAACAGUUAGAAACUGAUUCGUCCAAGUUUACAGACAUUGGGAUUCAACUGGUUUUCCCACUGGAUAUAGAACUCGAUGAUUUGAACUGGGAUUUUUUUGAGGAAAAUUGCCUUAAAAUGUCUCAGAGAUUUCUGGAAUUUACAGGGUCACAAGUAUCGUUACACGAGUCAAACAACAAUGACGUUCACUUGACAAACGGAUUUGGGAAUGAAACUUUGGAAACAGAAUUGUUUGAAGACGUUCAAUGCACAAGUGGUGAUGCUUUGAUUGAAGAUUUAAAUAGUGUAGAAGACAUUUGGUUCUCAAUCGAAGACUUCAACGAAUCAGGUCAAGUUUUUAGUUGCAGAGAAACCAAAUCUAAUAAGUGUUCCGUUCAUUCAAGUAAACGAAAACUGUUGAACGGGGAUUUAAAAGUUGACAUUAUAGCUACUUUCGAGGAGAAACAUUUCGAUCAGGAAGAUGUGAAUCGGUUUCCGAACUUCUUCGACGGAAGAUCCGAAGUUCGAGAAAUCUCGUUACAUGAUUUAGACGAGACGGGUUGGACUGACUUUGUCGAAAUGAUGAAAUGUUCAAGUGAAAUACCUCUGCUGACAUUAUACAUAUGCAGCAAUUCUACUACGCAACAGAAGAAGCCGCCUUCGAAUCAGAUUCAACUAGAGCACAAUAGCCGUAAUUGGGCCGUUGUCAAAGAGAUGCUUCGUAAUGCAGGAUCAAAUUCAGUCAUUGAUUGUCGAAGGGCGACUUUACAACAGUGUUUCAACUCACAUUUUGCGCCGAUUCGAGUCUCGGAAAGGAGCUGUGAUAAUUGUAAGGAAAAAUGUGACUCAAUCAAGUACUCGUACUGCUGGAAUCUACCGAGUUAUUUGUUCAUACAUUUCAAACGAGCGGCAGAAUUCCAAAAUCUGGCAAAGUUGUCGACUGCUGUUGAGUUUCCACUAGAUGAGUUGGACUUGUCAUCCUUCGCUGCUAUUGGUCAGACUGACAUCCAAUCAUAUUCGUCGAAAUAUCGCUACAGAUUGCACUCUUUGGUCCAGCAUCAUGGCAGGCUACAGGUCAAAGGUCACUACACGUGCUAUGUCCGAGUUAGUUCGAACAUUGACGAUAACUCAAACGAAGAAACGGAGCAUGGUGGAAUUGAGGAUAAUUUGGCGGAAAAAAGAGAAGAUGAGUGGUAUCAUUUUGACGACGAUCAUAUUACACGAGCAAGUGAACAGUCAGUAGCAAAGGCCGAGCCUUACGUGCUGGUAUACGAGAAUAUUUCUCAUCACGCCAAGACUAAUAUUUCUCAAAUUUUCAACAGCUUCUGUUGAGUCGUCUUGAUUGAUAGUUUAUUUCUUACCGUCUGUUGUUACGGUUGUUAUUGUUUAUUUUGAUAACUAAAGCUGCUAAUAAAGCCUAUUUCUCGCA